AUGGAAAGCAAAGACAACAUUGAAGCUGUUAGAAAGUUCUUAAAUUCUAGCUUAGAAACAUCAAAAACUAUUUCUUCUGCAUUAGAUGAAUCUGGUUCAAGAUUGAAGCUACUUAACCAAAGAUUUUUAUCCAUGCAAGCUUCUCUUAGACCAAUCUCAAUGCAAAACCUUCCUUUUUCUGAUGUUGAACAUGGUUUAGACAGUGUUCUAUGUUCUGUUUCAGCAGUCCACAAAGUUUUUCAAUGUGUUAACCAAUUGGAACAUUCUCUUUCGGCAGACGCGAGUUCCGAUUUAUUCACAUAUGUCUCGAACACAAAGAAGCUUGAAGAGGCAUUGAAGCUUCUCACUGAUAAUUGUAAGUUAGCAACUAGUUGGUUGAAGAGUGUUUUUGAGUUCUUACAAAACAAAACAACAAUUAGUACUAAUGAGGUUUACCUAUUGAAUAUAAAGAAAUCCUUCAGAAUAUUGCAAGAAUUGCAGGCCAUAGAGGACGAUGCACGAUUGGAAGGAGGAAUUCUCAGUAUUGCCCUUGACAAACUAGAGAUUGCUUUUCACAAACUUCUAAUGGAAAAUUCUAUGCCUCUUCCUUUGGUUUCAUUGACAUCACAAAUUGAUCAGCAAAACAAUGUCACAGAACAAGGUUUGAAAUUUCCAAGUUCUUUAACAGCGAAACUUCAGGUCAUUGCCGAGAGAUUAAAUGCUAAUAACAGGCUAGACAAGUGUCAAACUAUGUAUGUUGAAGUUCGAGGUACAAAUGCUCGCCGAAGUUUGAAGACUUUGGAUUUGAGCUACCUUGAGACUUCAACAUCCGAGUUUGAGGUUUCACAUGGAAUGGAAAAUUGCAUAGAUCAAUGGGGAAAUCAUUUGGAGUUGGUUGUUAAGAAACUUCUUGAGGUUGAAUACACGCUAUGUACUAAUGUAUUCGAGAAAACUGGUUCAAAAGCAUGGAUAAGUUGUUUUGCAAAGAUUGCUAUUGAAUCAAGAAUCUUUUCAUUUAUCAAAUUUGGAAAGGUUGUUACUGAGAAGAAAAAUGAUCCUUUCAAGCUAUUGAAUUUGUUGUCAAUGUUUAAGGUUUUGAAUGGUUUAAGACUAAAAUUUAAUCAACUUUUUAGAGGAGAAGCUUGUGAAGAAAUUAGAAUUGUUACAAAGGAUCUUAUCACAAAAGUUGUGAAUGGUGCUAGUGAGAUAUUCUUGCAACUUUCAGAACAAGUGAAGUUGCAAAGACCAACUUGUCCUCCCUCAGAUGGUACUGUUCCUAAGCUGGUAAGUUUUGUUACUGAUUAUUGUAAUAAGCUUCUUAGUGAUGAGUAUAAGCCACAUUUAAAUAAGGUUUUGGAAAUAUAUCUUAGUUGGAAAAAUGAACUAUAUGAAGAGGGUAUUUUUGUAACUCAAAUAUAUAGCAUAAUUAGGGAAGUUGCAGUAAAUUUAGACAAUUGGUCAAAAGCAUAUGAAGAUAUCAAUAUGUCAUAUUUUUUUAUGAUGAAUAAUCAUUGUCAUUUCUACAAUUUAAAGGGUACUUUAGUUGGGAUUAUGAUGGGAGAUUCUUGGUUAAAAGCACAUGACCAAUAUAAAGAAUAUUAUGCAACACUUUAUUUGAAGAAUACUUGGGUAAAUCUUCAAAAUAUUCUUGUAGUUUCAUCUUCUAUGACUUGUCAAGAUUUAGCUAAGAGAAUAAAUGCUUUUAUUCUAGCUUUUGAUGAAAGGUACAAGAAACAAUGUAAUUUGAUAAUCUAUGAUGAGAUAUUGAGGGAAAGUGUGUGUAAACAUUUGGUGGAAGGUAUUAUACCAAUUUAUAAGGUAUACUUGAAGAAUUAUAUUUUGGCACUUGAAAGUGAUGAUGCUAUGGUUGACAAUAAGAGUAUUAAAUAUACAUCACAAAGUUUGGAAAAUAGGAUUUGGUCAUUGUUUCAACCAAAGUUGAGAAAGCAUGGUGAUAGCAUUAAACACAAAGAUUUGAUUAGUAAAAUAAAAGAAGUGAGUCAUCAAUUUCGUUUGACUUUAGUUGGUUUAUAG